AUGGACAAAUUCGUAAACAAAACAGCCGAUGCGUUAGCACGAUUUGGUGAACGUAUCGAGCGACAUUUAACAACUGAUGCUGAAGAAGAUUUUGUUGCUUAUGAACGACGCGACAGUAAAUCAGGUUUCGGUGGUUCUGGAUCUGCAUUUCAGCGACCAUUAGAGAAGAAAUCAAGUAAAAAUAAUUACGUAUCGAAAAAACGCGAUCUCUUGUACGGUGGCGCACGAAACCACUCAGGAGACCAUUUGGCAGCAAGUCCUUCCGGACACAGUAGUUUCAGUAAUUAUCGACAAAAUCCAGUCGAUCGCUAUAAUAAACCUCCCUAUGGAACUGGUAUCGGUGCUCCUCUAAAUUACGGCUAUCAAGCAGGUUAUGGUAACGCAGCAGCUGCUGGUGGAUUCGGCAAUCAAGCUGGUAAUGUCGGCUAUGCUCCCGAUUAUUAUAUUGCUGAACGACGACAACUUGAAUUAGUUCCUGCUCCACCGCCAAGAGUUAUUCGAGAACAAGUUCCUUAUCCUGUUCCAGUAGAUCGUCCUGUUCCUCAACCUUACCCUGUUGCCGUACCUCAACCAAUCUGUGUUGAUCGACCGGUCCCGGUACCUGUUCCUGUUCCUCAACCGGUGCCUGUCGAUAGGCCAGUGCCUGUUCCCUAUCCUGUCGAUCGACCAGUGCCUGUCCCUGUACCAGUUCCUUCUCCCCCACCUCAACCCAUGGCAAAUCCUUGUGUCAAUCCCUGCUACGCUCCCGUCGGUAUUCCCGUUCCUUCACCACCACCAAGUCCUCCUCCUGUCAUGAUAGAAAACUCUGUUACUUAUACUCAACGUUGGGUUACUGGUUCCCCAGUAAUGAUGCAACAACAACGCCAACUCGCUGGUUCACCAGUCAUGAUGCAACAACAACGUCAACUGGCUGGCUCACCAGUGAUGAUGAUGCAGCCGCAACCAUCGUACGGUUCACAAUUCGGAGGAAUGAAUCCAUAUGGUGCAUAUGGUAACGGUUCUUAUGUUGGCUAA